UAGUCCAACAAGUCGCAACAGUUGUGCAUAUCUUACGCGGUGCGUGCUUUCGCAGGGAAGCGUUGUCGUUGUUUACACCUCCGCCGUCGCAAAACUGAGGAAAUUUUGCAGACAGGAGUCCGCAGAGAUGACGCACUGGAUAGUGCAUCCCCUGCGCAGUUGGCUGGGGCUGAUGGCGAUCACAAAUUUAGGGGCCGGCGUACGGUGCCUCUUAGAACAGGACUUCCUGCGGCAAAGACUCUUCACCAAGCUCAAGUGCGGCGAGAUUGAGCGGUGCCCUGAAAUGGAAAGAACGUUCGCCUUCUGGUCGCUAUACAACGGCGUGCUGGUUCUCCACUGCAGCAUCUUCCUCGAACAGGCAGCCGUCUACUCCGCGACCGUGUGUUGCCUGGCGGUCUACCUGGUCUACUUCGGCAACGAAAUGUUCAUUCACGGCUCCAUAUGCAUGGCAGGAAAAGCGGUCCUCUUCCCCAUCUUAUUGAGCGGCACGUUGGUUUGGAUGCUGGUGGCCCGCCAGUACAUCUGGGUCCGCCGCCGUCACGACGCCACCGAAGCGGAGGACAACGAACAGAUGGAGGAGCGGCUAUCCCUGCAGAACAUGCGCAGGUUGAGGAGGGCCCGCCAGGCGUCCUGACUGACCGCCUACGCUUUCGUCCGGGAGCCGCCGGCCCACGGGGGCUGUCGCCCGAGGGCGCGCCUCAACACUUUUUCCUCCAGCGAAUGAAGUGUAGCCACACGUGCGGCUACUCCCACACGGCUUCGCGACCGACCAUGCGCGCUACUAUAAAGUAGAAGCCUGCGGGGGACUUGGUAUACGUUGCUCGACGCACUGGGGAAGCGAAAACCCAGCUAGUUCCACGCCGUGAGAACCGUCGGACAAGCGAAGCUGGCGCCCCCCUUUUCGUCUGGCAUUACAUUUUGCUCCACAUACAGUGGAAUCUCGUCGAUACGUUUUUUCACGGGAACCAGAAAGUAAGACGUAUUAUGGGAAAAUCGUAUUAACCAAAGAGGUUCUAAAAAGGAAGAAAAUAAUGCAUACCGCCGUCACCUUAUAUUCACUUUUAUUGAACCACAUUGAAGUAGCUGGUCACUUUGCGCUGCACUUUCUUCUUUUCAACGUCUAGGGGUGAAUUCUUCUGAAACGUAUUCUGAAUUCUUCUGAAGUUCCUCGCCUGACGCAUCAUAAUCAUCACUGGACGCAGUGGCCGCGAAUGGCAGCGAUCUUUUCACGGCAAGAGGGGGAAUGCUAUCCUGGACACUGUCAAAUUCCGCCAUCUUGCCAAGUUUCGCAAUGGCGGAAUUUUAAGCCAAUCGGAGAAGCCGUAGCAGCCGUCCGGGCCAAUCAGGCUUGAGCAAUGGCGGAAUUCGACAACAUGGCGGAAUUUGAAAUUGUCCAGAAUAGCAUUCCGACGCUUCUGCGGCCCCAGCAGCCCAAUAUAAUUAACGUCAAUUUCCCGGCAUACAGUAGAACCCCGUUGAUACGUUUCCAACGAUUUCCCGGUGCUAAUGUUCGCGUUCGCGAUGUCGUUAUCGAGUCAAACUACGCGAUGUUUUAGUGAAUUUCGGUUUGUACGUUUUCCGAGACAGCACGUUUUCUCCCAUGUUUCUUUUUUUCUUUUCUUUCUAUUUUCAGAAACGUAUGAACGAGUCUCUAUUCUAGUUCUCGAUCGCGUUCAGAGAAUUCGUGACUGUCUCUGGUACAGUCAUGCAACGGACUCCGGACAGUAUAUACGUAACCCAAAAAGAGUGAAGGAAAAAAAUCUCGAAAGUGUCCGCCCCGGAAUGUGUCGCCCUGCGGCGACUUAUCUCGCCAUAUUGUUUCUAUAUAUGUGUAUGAAUAAUCGAGGAGCACGUGAAGUACUUCUUCAAUCUAGUCGGAAGGAGGCAGCAUAUGCUCUAGUUCGGCAGCAGUUGUGUAUGUAAAGUCGGUAUCGUGAAAUGUAUGCGUGUGCGCGGUUACCAGGUUGUACCAAAGAUUUUUGUUGCGUGUAUAUGAACGGCUAAUCGAGUUCCCUUCUAUGCGGUCGGAGUUGACCAGGGGUGAGGGAGCAAUGGCGAGCGGCUGCCCCCCCCCCCCCAAGAGCAAACAUAAAGGGGGCUACUGUA